AGUAAUCAUCGACUUUUCCACUCGACGACCGCAAAUCCCCGCCCUCGUUUUCUCAUCACCUCAGCUGGAUUUUGCUGACUCAGAGUCGAGGAACCUCGGAAAGGAUGUUAAAGAGGAAGAUGCAACAACAAGAGGAACAGCAACAGCCGCCAGCGAGCGCGUCUCCCGGCGACUCCGGCACCGUCGCUGUAGCUGGCGCUGGCGCUGGCAACAAUCUUACGGCGAAUCAUCAACAACAUCACCAGGAACAGAAUUCGGACGCCCAUUUUAGAGACCAUCUCGGCGUGUUUAACGCCCGCGCCCCGCCCAACUCCGAGCCAGGCUCUGUUACUUCACCCCGUGGUGCUCAUCCCGAGCCUCCGCAGCCUGUCUCUCCGUCCCCUGCUCAUAGCUAUGCCAACGGCGUGUCACCUCCAGCCCCCGACGCGCUUGGUACGAUAUCGAGCCCUCUUGACCCCGAGGCGCAUAUUCACCCCGAUCUCCGAGCUCGAUCUAGUGUUGGGCCGCCUGCCCAGAAUAUGAUGCCAGCAGGGAUUCAACCUCCUGCGGCCUCGCCGGGCGCUGCUAACAUCGGUUCUUCUGCGGCGGCCCAGUCCCAGCCUCAGCCUCAGUCUCAACCCCAACCCCAACUUCAGGCGCAGGCAGGCCAGCCCCAGCAGCCCCAGCAGCCACAGCAUCCUCAGCAUCCUCAGCCGCCUCAGCAGCUUCAGCAACCGCACCCUGACCCGACCGCUGAUCCCAUGGCCAUCGACGAACCGGCGCCCUCUGCUGACGGGCGCAAGGCUAAGCGCGAGCUCUCUCAAUCCAAGCGCGCUGCGCAGAACAGAGCUGCUCAGAGAGCCUUCCGGCAGCGCAAAGAAGGGUACAUUAAAAAGCUUGAGCAACAGGUCCGCGAAUUCAUGGAGAUGGAGCAGAGCUUCAAGCUGCUGCAAUCCGAGAACUAUGCGCUCCGCGAAUAUGUCAUUCACCUACAGUCUCGUCUCUUGGAUGCCCAGGGCGAGUACCCGCAGCCGCCGCCUAACGUUAACCUCAGCCAACCACCCCAUCCUCCCCCUAACGCCCAGGGACCUCCUCCCGGGGAGAAUGGUGCUCAGGCACCGCAGCCUGCCAAUCCCGGCGACUCUGCGGCCAGUAAUGCGGCCGCAGGCACCCCACUCGAGGCUGUCGCACAGGCAGUAGCCGGUCUGGCUGCGCACGAACAAAUGGCAGAACGCCAGCAGUUCCCCAACAAGGAACAACGUUUCGAGCCAGUCAAACAGGAAACGCGGGACGAGGAGGAGAUUGCCCGCCAGCUGCGGCAAGAUGGGAUGGCGGCCCCUCCCGCUUCGAUGUAAGGUUUAUUCUGGGAGGGGAAGAGCAAUGCGCAGUAACGGAUUUUUGGCCACUUGGUCAUUGUCCAUGGGUGAAUCGGCGUUUAGGCUUUCAGAUGGUCCCCAUCUCAUUUUCGAUGGACGGGUGGGAAUCGCGCCCAGGGGCUCGGGCUUAUUGUGUGCAAGUGCGGUUUGUUGUCUUAUUUUUCAUCUUUUCGCCCGAUUCUUCCUGUAUUGGUCCCCCUUU